CUUGUGUUUCCUUUUUGCACAGACAGCUAGCUGGUGGCGGCUAAUAAGCUAUGGCUGCAUGUUCAACUUGAGCUAACCCGCGAUAGCCGCAGCACUAACGUUAGCUAGCUAGCGUUACCUAAAAUGCUGUUUUCUCUAAAACGGCUUGACGACUUUGGUGCGAGACUGCAUCAUCUCUGUGUAAAUAAUGUUUACCAGUUUUGUGUGGUGCGAGGAGACAGCUAGCUAACGACAAAAGCACCAAAUUCUGACGAUUGGUAACGGUUAAGCGUUGAGCUAACCUUGCUAGCAAGCUAACGUUAUUGAGGUUAUCGCGCUGUCAAGUUUUGAAUGUUCUGCUUCUCGCUGCUGCCAGGCCCAACAUGGCCAAGCGAACGCAAGCUCUGCUAACGGCUUGGUUUUUGACCUUAUGCAGCUGAUGGCGGACUUUACGGCCUCUGCUGAUAACAGUAAAUAUUUAACAUCAACCUGCAUUGUAAAUAGUUAUUGUGGCAUUUCACUGAGUGGCCGAUCUUUUCUGGCAGAGCUGAUGUCAGGACGGCUCAUGGCCACCUUGUGUUAUGGGUGAAGGCUGCUGUUAAAUCCUCAUGUGCUGAGCAAUACUUGAAAAGUGAAUCUGGCCUCAGACAAGUUAAGCUUUUGCUGUCACGUGUGGUGAUGAUCUGAUAUGAUCCGACUCACUUUGCAUUACAAUUUUCUGCUUGCAAAAUAGUUGUUUUCUACUGUGUUUAUUUAGCAGUGACACGGUCGCUCCCUCACCACCAUGAUUCUAUCUUCAAUCAUUCAUGGUACAAAGUUUGAUAGUGUUCAAGGUUGAAUGACUUUUAUUGUCAACUCAGGUUAAUUUAGUUUCCAUCUAAUGGUUCUGUUACUGGUUAUGUGUAAAUGACAGCAGCAUGUCAGGGGGAAGGUGUGGUGUUCUUCAUUACCGCUCAUGGUAUCUGUGAAGGUGUACUCCAAGAAUCCGCACUGGCUCAUCCUGAAGGUUUUACACCAUGUUGAGGACAGGACCCUCCCAGACUGAGAUAGUUUAACAACCAGAAAGUCCUGUGUUUAUGGUGAUGCUGGUGUUGUAACUGACUUCUUCUUAUCAGCGAUGCGUGCACCUCCAAGUUGCUGAGUUCAUCUGUUCUUUGUAGUGUGAACAGAGUAAAUUAUCAAAUGGAUGAAUCACACCACUUAGAUGUUCUGUCAGGUUUUUAGUGUGUAGUUAAUAGUAGAAGCAGAAGGCUUUCAGAACAAAUGAGUAGUAGAAGGUUUUGAAAGUUUAGAUAUGGGCUUUCUGAACCGUAAUGGACCCUAUGAGAAAAGUAAAUCAUGUUUUGCCUUACAAACAAUUUUCUAAGGAGCUCUAAUAGUCAUGCAUAAUUUUGUAAUGUAAUAAAGAACUGAUACAAGGAGCUUAAAAAACUGUUAAUAUAUCAUUAGAAAAUGAAUCAGCAUUUAAUUGAUGAUUGCUACGUUUACUGAGCAACAUUACAUUUAGUUGCUGUGAAUGAUACUUUGUCCCCACAGUAAUGUCUGUAGUUUAUUAUUGAGUUGCAAAUGAGCCAAUGAUUCAAAGAUUGACAUUUAAUAAAGAAAAUACUUCUGUAACACUUCUUAGAGAUUGAAUUCUUAACAACACUCUAUAGACUGCUAAUAACAUUGUUUUUUUACUAUAAUAGUGACAAUUAUGUUGACCACCUUAUUUUACUAAAACCUUAGUUUACUUGUCAGUUUUUAUCUGCAUUCACGUCUCAAAUAAUCACCUGAAAUGCAAAAAAACCCCUAAUAUUUGCUUUUUACUGCAGCUUUUCCGUUUUGGUGCUCAACUUUUCUUUGGGUCUGCCUGUGUUUUACCUUUGGUUUUCUCCCCUUACCACUGCCUAUUUGUUGACUUCCUGCCUACUGUAGCUCCCUCCCUGCCUCCUCUUCCUCCCUUUCUGUUGCUCCACUGUUACAAGCUUUGCCCCCUCCUCUCUCUUUCCUCCUAGUUCUUUAAUCCCACCCUCCCCAAGCCUUUUUGGAUGUCAUCUGGUCUCUUAUGUAAGAGGUGCGGGAGGAGAAUAGCUCUGGUGCUUGGGUGGCAUACGUCCGACCAGCCGCCGUAGUCUUGCUGUCGUCCGUCUGUUGUGGUUCACCAUUAGUCGACUAGUCAGAGACAGUGAGGGACUGAUGGUUGUACAUGGGGAGUCCAGUGCUCCUUUGCAUGGCAGGGCUAUGUCCUCGGCAGCCACCACGUCUCCAUCUGUGGACAAAGUGGACGGAUUUUCACGGAAGUCUGUCAGGAAGGCCAAGCAGAAGCGGUCGCAGAGUUCGUCCCAGUUUCGCUCUCAGGGCAAACCUAUAGAGCUCACGCCCUUGCCACUGCUCAAGGACGUGCCGACACCGGAGCAGCCGGAGCUGUUCCUGAAGAAGCUGCAGCAGUGCUGUACUGUGUUUGACUUCAUGGACACGCUGUCGGACCUCAAGAUGAAGGAGUACAAGCGCUCCACGCUCAACGAGCUGGUCGACUACGUGACCGUCAGCCGGGGCUACCUGACGGAGCAGGCCUACCCUGAGGUGGUCAAAAUGGUGUCUCACAACAUUUUCCGAACCCUUCCGCCUAGUGACAGUAACGAGUUUGACCCCGAGGAGGACGAGCCGACGCUUGAGGCCUCCUGGCCACACUUACAGUUGGUAUACGAGUUCUUCAUCCGGUUCUUGGAGAGUCAGGAAUUCCAGCCCAGCAUUGCCAAAAAGUACAUAGACCAGAAGUUUGUCCUACAGCUCUUGGAGUUGUUUGACAGCGAGGAUCCUCGGGAGAGGGACUACCUGAAGACAGUCUUGCAUAGAAUCUAUGGCAAAUUCCUGGGGCUGAGGGCUUUUAUACGAAAACAGAUCAAUAAUAUUUUUCUACGUUUUGUUUAUGAGACGGAGCACUUCAACGGGGUGGCUGAGUUGCUGGAGAUCCUGGGGAGUAUAAUCAAUGGUUUCGCUCUGCCUCUGAAAGCGGAGCAUAAACAGUUUCUGGUCAAAGUGUUGAUCCCCCUCCACACUGUCAGGAGUCUGUCUCUCUUCCAUGCACAGUUGGCGUAUUGCAUUGUACAAUUCCUAGAGAAAGACCCAACAUUAACAGAACCAGUCAUCAGAGGUUUACUGAAGUUCUGGCCAAAAACCUGCAGUCAAAAGGAGGUGAUGUUUUUAGGCGAGCUGGAGGAGAUCCUGGACGUCAUUGAACCCACACAGUUCGUCAAGAUUCAGGAGCCGCUCUUCAAACAGAUUUCCAGAUGUGUCUCCAGCCCACAUUUCCAGGUGGCAGAGCGAGCCCUGUACUACUGGAACAACGAGUACAUCAUGAGUCUGAUCGAGGAGAACUCCAGCGUCAUCCUGCCCAUCAUGUUCUCCAGCCUCUACAGGAUCUCCAAGGAGCACUGGAAUCCGGCCAUCGUGGCGCUGGUCUACAACGUCCUGAAGGCCUUCAUGGAGAUGAACAGUACCCUAUUUGAUGAACUCACAGCCACUUACAAGUCAGACCGCCAACGGGAGAAGAAGAAGGAGAAGGAGCGGGAGGAGCUGUGGAAGAAGCUGGAGGACUUGGAGCUGAAGCGGGGCCUUAGGAGAGACGGGAUCAUCCCAACUUAACAAAGACAGCGCCACGCUCCCUCCUGCCGCCUCCUCCCUCCCCCUUUACCCCCCUCCCUCCCCCUGACCCCGACUCCCCCGCCCCCUCCUCAUCAACCAUGUCUCUUUACCAGAAAUCCUGGUAAAGGCCGUUGUCUGUGGAUGGACACCGGGCGCCCGCUGGUUUCUUAAUUGUGUUUUUUAUGUUUUUUUCUCCUGUGUUUGUGCGACUUACUUUACAGUAGAUUCAUCACGUCUGUUUUCAUUAUUUCAACAGCACUGUAAAUAAUUAUUUUUCUUUUUUCCCUUAAACUGAUAUUAUUGCAAACAGAAAAACAAACAAUAAUAAUAAAAAAACGAAGAAAAAACUAGAAAAUGAGAAACUGACUUGUGUGGGAGGGGAAUUAAAGGAGGACUAAACACUUGUGUGACUGUAGGACACAAGAUGAACUGAAAACAAACGUCCACAAAGAGAAGCUAGAUGGGUUUGACUCCUCGUGGUUCUGCAGGACGGGUCUCUGUAACGUUUCUCUCCUGGUCCUCUGUGCUUCUCGUCGCCUCUUCGUCCUGACUCCCGAUGGUGCGUCUGCUAAUUCUGCCCCCAGUGUAGAAGGUGGGACAGACGAGGGUUCCCCCCUCUCCCCUGCAGGUUCCUAAGGACUGGCCCCUUCUCUCUCUGCUUCCCUGUGAACAGGUAGAAGGACUGAACAGAAACGUAUUUAAAACCUCUACAGGGACACAAACACAUCAGAUACAUCUCCUUGAGUGCGUUUACAUGUGUUUUAGUGGAGGAGGGUGGAGGGAACGUGUCUCAUCAGUCAUUUAUCUCAUAUCUUAUCUGUUCUGCUUCAUUCCCUGAGUCUGCACUCUCCCUCACUGCUGCUUCAUUUCCUGCCUGUUUCAUUCUAAUCCAGAGCUCUGCAAGAAGCAUUAGACCCAAACCAGUAGAAAAAGCCCAGAGAAGGACUGAAUGAAGCUGGAAAAACGUAGACUAUUGAACAGGUUUUCUCCCAUCAGGUCAUGUCUGCUAAAACACGAUGUUUACCUCAUUUUCAGUCCUUUCCAGCUGAUUGCAAUCUAGUGUAACCAUCAGCUGCUCACGUUUUGUCCUUUGGUUUCAAUAACGAGUGGAGCUUAGAAUUCUCCUUCCUUUUCUUUCCACCGGUGUUUAGUUUGGAUCAUGUGUCGUUUCUGUCACUUCUCUACUCGUCCCAGCACAGAGAAGGUGGAAACGGCACCGCUGAACAUCUGCACGGCCUCUUAUUUCGCCACACAGUGAUUGACGCUUAAUGUGGAGGAAAGCAGCCUGGACGACUUCCACCAGGUCCAAACUAAUAUUAAACAGCUCAGUGACUUGGGUCCUUCAUGUCUGAAUUAUUCUACAAUAGAAUGACGUGAACCUGAUUCAUCUUCUCAUUGAGGAACAUGAACCAACAGUGACUCAGGUCUGUCUGACAGGUAUCUGUGGUUUCCACGGUCCUGGUUCCGACCCGCUGCUUGGUCCAUUCAUACACAGACACACUGGGUCCAACAGCUUGUGUUUCCUCAUAUAAACCAUCUCUGACCAUGUGGACCACGUGAUAGAAACCAAGCUGUGUAAAAGGGCGUUCAGAACCCGACUCUGGGCCCUGCAUCACUGGGAGACUCUGUCCCAGUCCUAAUAGUGUGUUCUUCAUCAUGGUCUCAGUUGUGACAGGUGAGAUCAGUGUGAAUCUAUGAGCCAGUGUAAAUAUGAGCAAGCGUGUAAAAUCGUAAAGGCUUCACGUGUGAACGCACUCGACUCAAAUACAGAAAUGGACUCUUCAUCACCUGAUUAUUUUCUCCAUCCUCCAUCUUUUUUGUGGCCCAGAUAUAAAUGAUUUAAAAACUAAAAAAAGAUAUAAAAGGGUUGGAGAAAUACAAAUGUUGAAUUAUUUUAAAAAAUAAAGAGGUAUUAAAUUAAACUUGUUUUGUGAUAAAGCCUA